AAUCGAUAUGAGAAUUCUUCGAUAGAUGGCAGUAGGAUCUACUUCACGUGAAAGAUUGUAGCAGAAAACUGUUUUACACUCGUGUCCAACUGUCCGCUUGCAGCUAGCAAGAUGGAUAUUGUUUUGUUGGUGUCGAUUGCUGCGCUACUUAUAGUUUUGAUUGUUGCUGUGACAUGGUUCUCAAAGAAAAGCUCUAUCAGGCAGGAUGGCGAAGGUGUAGGAGCUCCUCGUGGACCAGCGGUUCGAAGAGCCGCUGGAGUCCGAGGAGUUCGCCAACGUCGCGGUGCUCCUCGGGCCGCUGCCGCUGAAGAACAGCCUCAAGAGGACGAGGAAGAUGGAGCCGAAGAGGCCCAUAAUGCCGAGGCCUUGGAUGCGGGCAAAGUAGGCGCCAAGAAGCGCGCAAAAAUGGAAGCCAAGGCCGAGCGUAAAGCACAGCGAGAAAUGGAGGAACGAGAUCGCGAAGAGCGCAAGAAGCGGGAGCAGCAGCAGCAGGAGGAGCGCGACAGACAAAGCGUUCGCGAACGUGAGGAGGAAAAACGACGCGAAGAGGCUGAGAAGGCCGCGCAAGAGGAGAAAGAACGUCGCGAGCACGAGGAGUACCUGAAGCUGAAGGCGGCCUUCAGCGUCGAGGAAGAGGGCUACGAGGAGAAGGACGAGGAGCAGCAGAAGAAUCUUCUGCAGGAGUUCGUCGAUCACAUCAAGGCCAACAAGGUCGUAAUACUCGAAGAUCUAGCGCAGCACUUCGGCCUGAAAACCGCCAACGCGAUCGAGAGAGUACAGCAGAUGCAGGCUGACGGUAUCCUGAGCGGGGUCAUCGACGACCGGGGCAAGUUCAUCUACAUAUCGCACAAGGAACUCGAGGCUGUGGCGAAAUUCGUGAGGCAACGAGGCCGAGUCAGCAUCGCCGAACUGGCAGAGCACUCCAACAACCUGAUCAAUCUGAAUCCAGGGACCGCUUGCAAUGUUGUUGAGGCGUAGUUUAUUUAUAUUUAUCUAGGAGCUAGAGGAAGAUGUGUAUAUUUAAUUUUUGAUAAUGUGAUAAUAAUAAAGACGACGACACUGUUUUGAUAAAAUUUA